UCAAUCAAAUGAGAAAAGAAAUAAGGAACCAAAUUAAAUUAACUUUACACAUUUCUCCAUUCAUCUUGUUUUCUUCUCAUCCUUGACCAUCAUCAUUUCCAUCAAAAUGCCAUCUGAUGGUAAAAGAAUGAUACGCGUUUAAAUCCGAAAAAGAAGGACCACUCCGUACGACAGACACACUUCUAUGCCAAAAGCACAUCAAUCACCCAUUCGAUUUUGACUUUCGGUUAUCACGCUAAAACGACAGUGUGUGUGUGUGCUCAGCCCUUUGUCUCCGUGGGGAUUCCUCUUAAAAAGAGCAAAAGAGUGGCUGGCUGGCUGGCUGGAAGAGAGAGGACGUUUGACCGCAUUUGUGCAAAUUGAUUGAUCCGCAUAACGCAGGGCAAGAACAUAAAUUAGUGAAAUUAUAUACGCGUCCAAAGCAAACCCAGCGUAUCAACAGAGGAUGGCCGAAUUUGAUCCAAAUAGCAGCAGCCUACCGGGUGGUGGUAGUUUGGAUGAAAAUACGAUUCAAGAAGGAAAUACGCAACCGAUCAUUGUUACCACGCCUGUUGGACAAAGUCCUUUUCACGAUUCAAUCACUCACCAACAACAUCAACAUCCAUCCCCUUAUGCAUCCUUGCAACCAUCAGAUGCUACGAUAGGUUUAGGUGUAUUAACAAGUGCAAAUAAUAGUCCAGCUUUAUCGGCUUCUUCACCUCAUCCAUACACGCCUUCCAAUACAGCUGGAUUUGGAGAUCAUACAGCAAACGAAACAAGAGGCACUUCAUCUUCAUCAUCCUCUUCUUCAACAGCAACAGGUGCAUCAUCACUUGAACCACAGACAAGCUUUCAUCCUUCACAACACAACUCUCCAUCACUGUCAGCAGCAUAUGCAAGCAAUCAAGGAGAAGAGCCACAACAUUACUCUCAAUUAGUAGCAUCCCAAAGUGAACAUCCAAUCACCUUCCAACAGGAACAACAGUCACAACAACCUCCUUUUCGCAGAUCAAUAGCCAGUGGUCAAUUUAUCGUUAAUCGAGCCCAACAUCAACCACAAUUUCAGGCUCAAUCACAACCACAAAUUUCCACUUUCGUUCAUCAAAAUCCUACCGAUCAGCUCACACCAAGAUUCGGCUCUGCAUUUUCGCGUGCCAGCACAGGUCAAAUACACACAGGCCUUCCCUAUCCGUACCCUGGUGCAUCUAUCCCCCCUGCCAGUUCAAAUAGCUCUUGGCUGCAAAGCGAUCCUACACGAUUGUAUCAAUCAGUUCCCGCUCCUUCUUCUCAAUUUGGACAUUAUCAUCAUUCACCUUUUCAUCCUCCUACGCCUUCAUCCUUCAUGAGCGCAAACGAUCAAGCUGCGCAUAUGUUGCAAAGAGGUGCAAGUGCAGGCACAACAAGUGGAUAUCAAUGUCCAAAUUGCGGAAAAACAUUUGCUCGAGAUGAUCUGUUACGUAGGCAUUUAGCCAGAGAAGCAAGAGCGGCUGCUCAACCUUCGCUGGAUAGACAAAAGAGCUGUUAUGAAUGUGCACGUAGCAAAGCAAGAUGUGAUUUAGAGGUACCAUCUUGCGGAAGAUGUAGAACACGAGGAAAGACGUGCGUUUAUGGUGCUAGAAGUGGAAAUCCAAACGUACGCAAAACUGUUCGUUCAACUUCGCAGGAGUAUGCAAGUGGAAUAGCGGGAGCAGGACCAUCGCAAUGGGCUGGACCUUUACCGGCGGAUGGUUCACAAUGGCCUUCUGCUGGUAUUACUGUACCUUCUAAUGCACCACAUUAUCCUUUUCCCAAAAACGAAGGAUCGGAAGACUAUGAAAGUGACGAUAGCCGAAAUUGGUCAGACUCUUACCAACAGUUCAGAGGAGAUAGAACGCUAUCUUCAUCAUCCAGUAACACGAACGACUCGUUUGACUAUGGAAACAAUAACGCCGAUCAGCAGGCUGGCUAUGCGAUGAAUUAUGCCGAUCAGACACCAUAUCUGAUAGGCCCUUCAACCAGCAUGGGAGGUAGAUUGGCAGCAGGUGGAAUCGAUACGUCUGUACCGCGUAUAAGGGCUGAGGAUGAUGAACAAACACCUAUCAGUCAGGCAAUGAAUGCGGUAAUGGGACCGCCACAAAUCACGCCUAUGCGAGGACAAACGUCAAACAAUAAUUGGCCGGGAGCAAUACCGAAUGCACCAAAUUCAAGACCAGAAGUGCCGCGCCUUUUGACAGGAGCUCGAAUGCCAAGACCUGCUGAAGCUGGCCAAGCGAGUGCAAGACCUUUGUUUAGCGCCCAAUUGGAUUUGUCUGGAUGGCUUGAAGAGCCGGUAAUUCCUUCGCCUCUUUAUAGAAUGGGACCGAGUCUCUCUGCUUUGGGGUCGAAUGCUCAAUCUUUCACUUUACCAACGCCAACCCUUGCUUCUCAGGCUGGUAAUCAGUUAUUGUCAACAGCAUUGCUACCAGCACCGUCAAAUGCCAGUCAAUCACAAAGUGCUGAUACAGUGAUGGGAGCAAACAAUACGAACACAUCAAGUUCAAAACCAUCGUCCGCUUCUGAACAUGCACAAGUUGCAGCACGAAAUUGGUGGGCAGCCGGACCGAGUGAACGAACUUCGAUUGAUUCGCAAGAAGUUGCACAAGCAUGUGCGGGGCACUUUACCUUGUAUCCUGCUUUGAUGGUCUUGCCUGAUGCAACAUCACCCGUUCCACCACUUUUUCAUCGACCUUGGCUUGCCAAUACACGAUUACAAACGCCUGCUUCAUUAGCACAAGUACGGGUUGCUUUGGCAGCUUAUCAUGUUCGAUUACCGGCAAGUGAAGGAAUGGUUUGGGAAAUGAUUAAAGCACAAGCAAAAGCGAUUGUUGCAUCGUAUGACGCUCUUGUUCAAUCGAGUGAUAUGGAGGUAUUUUCCAGUACGGCAGCUUUAUGGUUCUUGGUCAUCCUUUUGUUGAUGUCCACUGAUCCGGCAACUGGACAAUGCGUUGAUGAAGGUUUGACGGAUUCAUGUUUGGUAGGUUUGUCUCAUUUAUCGUAUUUGUUGCAGAAACGUGUUCAAGCUUUAGAGCAAGUUCAUAUCGAACAAAGACAGGCAAAUGGAGCCGCUUCGCCCUCUUUCAUCGAUUGGGGAUUCUUGGAAACGAUGCGAAGGACGUUGUUUGCUUGUUAUGCUUUGUUUGUCUUACAACGGUUCAGGGCCACAUCACCCGAACUUCAAUCACGUCUUGCGGGCGUGGAAUUGGUGAUGGAUAUCAAGCUUCCUGCUACUGCGUCUGAAUUCGAAGCUGGAAAUGAAUUGGAAUGGAGAGCAGCACAGCACGUAAAAAUUACGGAUGAUCAAGGGAUCGCUUUGGGCGGUGCAUUGACGAUGAGAGAAUUAUUAACAGCACGAUCAGCAGCACAACAACAACAAUGGCAAAGGCAAGCAUCAAAGGCUGAUCAAAACAAAGAAAAGAAUGACAGUAGUGAAAAUUCUUCUUCUUCCACCACUGUCAAUUCAGAUGAAGAAACAAAAUCUCCGAUAACGGAAGAACGCAGAAAACAAAUGUUGGCAUAUUUUGAUCGACAUGAUGAUUUUACAAAUGUUUGUUUAACUGUCACUUUUGCACUUGAUGCACGUAUUUUACCAUAGAACACUUUACCUGUCUCAUUCGUUUUUAUUAUUAUUAUUGGUUGUAUUAUUGAUGUAAACAAUUUGUACAUUUUUUAUCUGUUGUGCUUUUAAGAUAUUCUUCUCACA